CCUGCUUUGCGACUGGUUUCUUGUUUCUGUUUCCAAAACCAUCUCGUUUCAGCGACAGGCCACCAUUUGCGGCCGGCAGUCAGUCAGUGUCAGAGAUUUCUGACUACCCCGAUAUAACAACUCCCAUCUCCUUCAGCCGUCUUGAUAACUCUCUUUUACGAUGUCUUCGGAGAACCCCAACACCAACACCAACCCCAACGACAUGGCACGGCAACGACACGGGUCCGUCACGUCAAGCGCCUUUGCCAGCCUUUUCAGAAACAACUCCGUCUCACAACCUCCCGUCACGGCCUUCCCCACGCCCUUGGCGUCAACCGCCGUGAACGACCAGCGCCGGAGACUCUCUGUCACCACGCUCGGUCUGUCGGGCUCUUCGCCGACCACACCCUCCGCUCUCCUGCGCCGUGCCAGCCUUUCCACCAAUUCCGACUCCAUUGAUGAGAAUGCCAUCGAAGACGACGACGCCCGCACCACGCCGGCUGCACCCUUUUCCCGCCGCAUGAGUUUUGGCGCCACCCAAGCUAUGCGCAGCGUGCGAGGACCCACCAGUCCCGGCACCAGCGGUAGGCAGCCCCAGCAGAUGCGCCGAAGCAGCACUGUCCGCGGUAGUCCAGCCACGCCGCCUCUUCCCACGACCGGCGUCGGCAACUACACGUGGGGCAAGAUCACUUCUCAGGCAAGCACUGCAAAUCAGCCAAGAACAAGUCCUGACUUGUGCUCCCCUCCCGGCCGAUCAGACCAGGGCUUCAACUGGUCCGAUCAGCUUAGGUCUCGCGCCGAGAGCGCCGUCGCCGCCGGCUCGCGGCCCUCCUUCUCCUUUGCCUCGGGCCUGAGCUCGUCACCCCCUCGUGCUCCGCCGGGCCCGGCCACGGCCCCGGUUCCGGGCCCCCUCAGUCCGCGUCAUGACCGGGCCAGGUCCGUCUCCGACAUGCCCCGUCCGCCGGCCCAGCCUCCCAAGCCACGGGCCCCUCAGAAGCCCGACCCUUUCCAGGAGAGGAUCUUGAAAGGCGACUUCUACAUGGACUAGUCAGUCCGUGAUGGUCACGAGCAAUCCGGCAGGAUUUCUCUUCUUCGUAGGUGCAUAUGCACACAUUGCCAUGU